AUGGAUAGAACACCACCACCACUGUGGCACAGAAGCCUAUUGGUAGAGUCUACUAGUGCCUCUGGAAGCUAUGGCAAAGAGCACCUGUCCAGUAGAACACAGAUGUGGAAAGUCUGUAGACCAAAUACCAUCCUUUGCACUUCUAUUUGCUAUUCCAGAGAACCUGGGUUCAAGAUCUACAAGAAUGUGCUUCUGGACCGAGCUUGUGGUACUUAUUCCCAGCAGGGGUUUGUGUGUGUUGAAGCCACUGUCCUACAGCAGUGCUCAGAUAUAUCAUCAUGUGAAUGUGUGGCCCUUGAACCUGCUGAGGCCAUGGGGUGUGCCCAGCUAUGUGGACAUCUGUGGUCUUUUCAUGUUGCAGAUGGCUACCAUCUUAAAUAUGUUGCCUGCCUGGUACAAUGCUUGGCUUCAUAUCUUCCCGUGCUUGGGGCUCAGGGAGGCUCCUGGGACAACAGAGGGAAGGCUCUGGACCCUAUUGAACCAACGCAGGAUCCAGGCAGAAUUGCAAGAGGUGGUAACUCAGCGCUGAUGUCUAUCCAAGGAUUCAUGACCAACUUGUGUGCCAAUUAUGGAUGGAUUACCAAAUCUAUAUUCUUCCACACUGAAGUAGUCUGUGAUAAUAUGCCUGUGAGAAUCGGAGUAAAUGUCAUCAUUCUUGUGGAAGAAGAUGAAACAACUCAGGUCCUGAAUGCCCUCAAGGACAACAUCUAUGUUAGCAAGGAUUUUUCUUUUCCUAUACACCUGUUUUCUGGAGCAUUCAGGCCUUUCAAAGGAGAUUUGGUGCUGGUGGCCUAUUCCAUGAUCCCAGGAACUUCAUAUAUCAACAUUGACUCUGUGAGACCACUUAGCUCUCAGAAUAUGCAAAGGGCCUGUAUUACCAGACUCGAAGGAAGAAAUGAAGUGAUGGAACCUUGUAUGUUUUUUACUCUGGAUUAUCUCCAUAUUCUCCCUGGUUACACACCUGGGUUACAUGACAUUGUUAACAUGGUUGCAGUAGACAGCAUUCAACUAUAG